AUGGAUGAUACUCUAUGUGGAAAAAUUGAUCUUUUGAGGGCGUAUUUACCCGAUGAUUUAGGCGCAACUACAAAACUCGAUUUGAAUGAUAAUUCGAAAAUUAAGAAAUACUGCCCUGAAAACGGUUCAGGAUACAACACAUGCAAUACUAAUCUCGAUGAAAUUACGGCCGGAUUUUUAUGGUUACUUGGAGAAUGUUAUUCUACAUUAACAACUAAUGGUUAUGAUCAAAAUAAUACUAAUGCAUUUUUUAUACAUAUUAUUUCAUGGUUUAGUUACAAAUUAAAUCAAAACGAAGGGAAAAAAUUCAACACAAUAAACGCUUUUUUUAAUGAAUAUGUAAAAAGUAGUGGUAAUUAUAAAAGUUUUAUAACUGAUGCCUACAGAAUUGGAAAUAUUAAGGAAUUCAUGGAUAAGCGAGAGUAUUUGCUGAAUAUUAAUAUUGAAGAUUUGUCUAAAUUUUAUGAUGCAUCCAAAUUAUUAUGUAGUAUGUAUAUUAAUUCUGAAAAACAUACAAAAGAUAGCACACUGCUAAAUGAUGCGAAAGAUUUUGUUAUAAAAUAUACAGACCUCAACGAAAGCUAUAAUAUUGAAGAUACAGCACGAAGAAAAAUAUUGCCUUUUUUAUCAACUGACUAUGAUAAUUUUAAAAAAUAUUGUAAUGGAAAAGGUAAUAAUUGUAAAGAUUUUCAAUCCCUUCCAGCAAUAAAAACAAACGCUUCUGCACUAACAUCUGGAAAUGCAUCACCAAGUUCGUCGAUAGGAAACAAAUUAUUUACAGUUUUAUCGAUAUUUGGUGCAAUAGCAUUUUUUUUAGGAAUUUCUUACAAGUAUUCGUUAUUUGGAUUUCGGAAACGAUUUCAAAAACAAAAAUUAAGAGAAAAAAUAAAAAAUAUAAAGAAGAAAAUGAAUCGUUAA